AUGUCAAACGACGAGACGUUCAGUGUUGAGACCACCGAUUUCGAUUAUACCGACGAGGAGUUCACCAUAUCAGAUUCUUCGAAUUCCUCUUCCAAUUGGUCUUCGGGGCCAGCUGCAGAUCCAACAGACGCUAUUAUCGCGCUUCGUCCCCCAACGACUCGCAUCCAAGUCUUAGCCACGCCCGCCGCUGUGUCAGAGUCGCCUGGUGCUCUUUCGUCUCAAGGAGUGGUUGCGGGUGCUCUGAGAAAUUACGAUCUGGCAGACGCGAAACGUGGAAAAACGCCUCCAGCUGAAAUCGGUGCCUUGGACGAAGAAGGAACCACUGCUGUUGCCUCCAUUACGCCAAUCCAACCGCUAGCAAUCACGGCACUGGACCAUACGGCAACCUCACCUGAUCUGGCGGCCCAGCCAGAAGCUACGAAUAGUGUGUCUUCGUCUCCCGGAGUACCAACCGAGCCUCCUCGUAGUGUUCUGGAGAACCAAAAAGUUGUGGCAGCACAGGAUCUUGCCGGCGACGCAAACUUGAAUGACGAGGACGAAGACGAUAUUGGCUUUGCCCUCGUUGCAUCAUCUUCGGUACCGAGUCUCUCGUAUCUUUUAAACCCCACGAGUCCAGCAGAGAAUCGAACAGAUGACGAAGUAUCGGACGAAGCGGACCAAGUAGAUGCCUUGCAAGUCUGCGAAGAUGCGUCACUUUGCCAGGAUGCAACGGAUGGAUCUCUUCAAACCCAAGACAGCUUGCAAAUAGAGAGCUCUCAGCCUCUCUGUCUCCGAGUCUGCCAACGAAGAGGCGAACGAAUCUGA